CACGCACACUCACAGCAGCGACGACGUGCGUUCAUUCACUCUCACACUCACACACACACACAUCAUCAUCAUCAUCACCACACCGGCCAACCAACCAUCCACGGUCUUUGCUCUUCCUCAUUUCUCGCAUAGGAUCACAGCACCGCGCCACGUUUUCGCUGCUGCGUGGCAACAAUGAGCCGACGCAGCGACGGCAGUCCCCGCCGUCAACAGCAGCAGCACAGAGAACAGGAGCAGGAGGAAGAACAGGUUUCGCCACAAUCGACGUUCCAGCGGCUUCGACAGGCGUUCCGCAGCCCACGCCGAGAUGCCAACGGCGGGUCGCCAUCUCCAUCGCGUCGACAAGGCCGCCGCGGAUCCCAAGAGUACCACAGAACCAGGGACCAUCGAGCAGCAACAGCCACAGGUGCUAGAUCAGCCAAAGCAGCUAAAGCCGCCAAAGCGGGGUCGUCAGGGCGCCAGGAGUCCCUUGUCGACAGGUGCGCGCGCGAGCUGCUGCCGCCGAUGGGGCCACUCGUGCCAGUGACAGAUGACCUCAGCAAGCCUGCAACCACGGUCGCUGAGAAGAAGCGUACCUUUGUCGACCGCAUCGUGCACCCGUCGUCGACAUCCGCCAAGGAAGCACACCACGCCUCUGUCGAGCAUCUGUCGCAGACCAGGCUGCACUCGCUGUUCCUCGAACUGCUGCGCAGCUGCGGUGAGGAGCCCCUGCACCUCAUCCUUCCAUAUGUGGUGUUUGUCACGGAGCAUCGACCAGAGCUUGUGGUGACGUUCUCCCGGGAGGUGGUUGAGUUUCUCAAGGCAGCGUUCCAUGGCCUGGUGGACAUCACGGAUGAGGAGCUCAGGCGCGACUCCGAGGAGAACCUCGUGUCCCUUGUCGAUACGGCGCUACCCAUGCUCCUGUCGAUCAACUCACAUGGCCACACGGAGGCUGUCGUCGUCGUCACCCUGCAGAACAUGGAUGCGCUCAUGCUGCGCGGGGAGUGGUUUGUCGUCAUCUCCAAGUGCAUUCCCAGCCUCUCCCUCCAAACCCUCAUCGACAUUACCAGGACCAUUCUCGACUACUGCCACGAGCGUACGGAGGGCAUGUGCAUGUGUCUGGUGCAGCUGGCGCGUCUCGACUACUGGGACGUCCGCCGUCGCGAGUGCUUCCGGGAGGUGCGUGCUGCUGUGCGGAAUGUAUCGGGGAGCAACAAGCGGCUGAUGCACGAGACAAUGGCGCUCAUGGUGGACGCCCUGCACCUCGAGUACACGCUCCGCUUCGUCUCUCCAUCAGCAGCUCGCUUCCACGCCUCGGCAGCCCCUGCAUCAGCAUCAGCGUCAGCGUCAUCGUCGUCGUCGUCAACAUCAGCGCUGGCUGCGGCGCUGUCAUCGUCCCUGCCGCGGUCGCGUGCGGCAACAGCACGCUCAUCACGCACCAGCACGGGGCCGUCAACAGCAGCAGGGACGGCAAUGGGAACCACAUCACCGGGCUCGUCUUCAGCGUCGUCGUCAACAGCACCAAACAGGACACCGUCGCAGGGCGGGCCAGCGGGCGCUCGCGGUGGCACUGGCGAUGACGCGACAGCAGACGCAGCAGCAGUCACGGCCCUGCCCGGAGUCUCUGCUGUUGCCAGUGUGUACGGCGGAUCGCUCGGGCUGGCAGAGGACACCACGUGCUACGACCCCUGCACCAGUCUUGACCGCACCGCCACGGACGCAUGGUUUGGCGCCGCGAGCGACAACGAAGACGGCGACGCUGGUGACGCCCACGACGGCAUGACCCGCGAGCGGAACGGUGGUGGUGCCGGCAGUGGCGGCGAUGGCGAUGGCGAUGGCAGUGACAACGCCGGCUCCGUGCACUGGUGCAUGUGUGCGGAGGUGACGGCUGUGCUGCAAUCGUUUACACGCGCCCCUGAGCGCGUGCGAGCGCUUUUGCUACAGUGUUUGCUGAUGGACCCGGACUUUGAUGCCGAUGGUGACCACGUGCACGCUCGCAGCAGCAGCAGCAGCACCACCACCACCACCACUGCUGCCACGGCGGGUGGGUACAGCCGUGGUGACGUGGACCGGCGGGGGCGGUGUCGUGGCAUGCUGCACCCUGCACAGCUCGACGAGAAGGGCUGGCACGCCCUGCACGCCCUGUACGAGGGAACUAAGGACCACCUCGCCCACCUGGGGGAUGCGAUGUACGGGUUUCUGUACUUUGCGCUGGUGCAGGACCUGUAUCUUGGCGGCAUGGACGACUUUGCAGACUUUCAGGAGCGCAGCAAGGACAUCACUUAUGCCGUGUGCGUGCCAACACACCCACACUGGCGCGACAACCUCGACGCCUUCCUUCGCUGGCCGAAGAAGAAGGCGACCCUGCGGGACAAACUGCGGCUACUGGCGCACCUCUCGUACUCGUUUCCAUUCAUGCAGACGUACUUUUUCAAAGCUGCGUGCGAGCUGCUUGGCCCGCUGUCGAUAGCAAGCCGCCUGGACGACAUUCGCGUUGCGCUCGAGUUUUUCACGGUGACGCUGCACCGAGAGGCGCUGCCCACGGUCGGCAGCAUCGUGUGCUCCCUGCAGGACGAGUUCCACAGCGAGUACCUCGACAUGCUCCGGGAGGCCAAGAAGCCAAAGCCGGGCCUGUCGUUUAUGGAGUCCAAGACGGAGACGCUGCGGGCGUACCCGCACUUUCUGCACAAGGUGCAGGCGCUGCUGCCUGCAAUGAUGGCGUACACGCCCGAGUCGCCCACAGCCAACCCGGCGCACGACGUGCUGGUGGCGGUGAUUGACGCCGUGCUCACCACGCUCAAGGAGAUCAGCUUCAUCUCGGACAAGUCCCCCACCCUCGAGCGCCACACAGAGCACAAGCAGCUACCGCCCAUCAGCGAGUACCUCCAGCACACGUUGCGCAUCAUUCAGCCUGCGUUCAAGAUUGUGUCGAUGCUGUCGUGGACGAAGAAGUUUUGUGUGUAUCUGCAGGUGUCUGAGGUGACGAGCGGGAGUGGGCCGGGCGCUCGGGACGCCAUUGACAUGCACGACAUGAUGGACCUCGACACCUUCAACGACAGCCUCUUCUGCGUCACCCCGCGCUCCACGCGUGCCAUGAGCACCCGUGCAUUGUCAUCGGCCAGCGUGCACCUCCCCGGCAGCGACCAUGGUGGUGACGGUGCCGGGGAUGGCGGCGGCGGCAUGUCCUCGAGCGGGGCCAGCACCCGCGAUGGCCGGAACACGCCGCAGGGCCACGUUGCAGGCAACAGCAACAGCAGCAACACCACCACCAACGCCGGCAGCAGCGUCGAUGGCACGGGCGCGAGCGCGAGUGGCACGGCGAGUGCUGUGCAGCGGCAUGACAAGAAGACGUCUGCGUUUGGGCGGCAGCUCAUCACGACAGUUGCGGCGCUGCAGUCGCUGACGGAGGCUGGCACCCCGGUCCCGCUCAACAAGGGCCGGUCCGCGUCCCCGCGUCUCAAGGAUGCCGACAACGACGACGACAUGUUUGGCAGCGGAGCCCUUGCCAGCAGCGGCAACAGCGGCACGGGCCUGGGCUUUGGUGGUGGUGGUGGUGGUGGCGGCGGCGGCGGCAGCAGCAGCACGAGCAUUGUCAUGCCCGGUUGGUCGCCGUCGUCAUCGAUGCCGCCGUCGCGUGCCGAGCCUGAUCUUCUCUCCCCGCUCGACGUACCGUCGCCAUCACCGUCGUCAUCGUCAACAACGCCAAGCCAGCAUGCGCCAUAUGUCUCUGCGCGGGCCGGCAGCGUGGCGAACGAGGCGCAGGCGCGCGCGUAUGCCCGUGCACAGGGGCGGGCAAGUUCGCGAACACGCUCGCGUGCGGGCUCCGUGUCGCAGUUUGGGAUGGGAAAGCAGACGCCAUAUCGCCGGUUCCGCCACAACUCGCGCGUAGAGGCCGCAGCCGUCAAGUCAAACCUCUACAUGGCUCCAUCAAGCGGGCUCGGGAAUGGCGUGAUUGCAGAGCUGCGGGCGAAGAUUGAGAAGCUGAUCCCAGAGCUUGUCAAAGGCCUGGGCCGCCGGGUGCCCUUUUUCAUUCUGCAGUGGAUUGUGGCCUCGCUGUACACGCUCAUGUCGUGCUGGCGCUUCCAGGACUUUGUGUCCUCUGCAGCCAUCAAGAAGAGCAUCCCAGCCGUGAUCCAGUGCAUCUCGCGGCUCGGCUACUCGCGGGACAAGUACUUUCCAGACGUGGCCGUCUCCGCCUGCGAGCCCGUCCUGCACGACCUCUUCCUCUUUCUCGGCUUUAUGCUCAACUUCAACGGCCCAAGCAACGAAUACACAAAGCGGUUGUGUGAGAAUGACAUCAUCGCUGUGCAUCCCCAUUGGACGACGGCCACAAUCAUGUCUCUGCUGCACAACUACCCCGACGAAAUGUCGGGCUCCAUCAGCGAGGUAUUGCACAAGUUUCCGUAUGGACAGGAAAAUCCGCGUCGCUGGCUCGUCAAGCUCGAGUUGUUGCUUGCUGUCAUUGCCAUUCCAGGAAUCCUGAAGAUCCUGGACAAGCACAAGAACAUCAUCCGACUCUCGCUGGUGCUGAAUCGCCUGGUGGAGGGCUGCUUUGCGUACCUUCCGCUCAACGACGUGACGGCUUUGUCCUCCGCAGAGGAGCCUGUGCAAACGACUGGUUACGCAAACGCACUGGCUAUGCGUGUGCUCACGCUGUACUUUGUCAAGUUGACCCUCAAGGACCGCAAGAAGUACCGACCAGAGCUUGAGCGAGCCAUUCUCCAGUUCCACCAGGCGGCGAAGAAGAAGGCGACGACGCCGGCGCAGCAGCGCAUGCUGGACCAGCGGCGCGGCGUGCUGCUCGACUUGCUCAAGCGCUACGCAAACAGAACCGUAGACAGACACGGCGGCCGCGAGCUCCUGGACAUGCCGUUCCCGCUUGCGCCCCGGCAGUUUUUCCAGGAGCAGCACGGCACAAAAGUGGCGUUCUUCUGCCGCCGCGGCAUGCUCAUUGCUGCCCGCGUCAACCCGUCCGCCCUGUGCCUGUUUGAGGUGUUUACGCCUACGCUGAGCGAGUGGUUCACGCUCAACCUGUGGCCGCUGCUGCAGGUCGCGCACGAGGCGAGCGACGCCUCUGAGCCGCCGUUCCUGCGCGCCCCACCCCGCGACGCAACGCCCGUGCCCGCGGACGGCGAUGGUGGGGACAGCACCAGCCGUGAUGGCGUGGUGGCGCGGUCGCUGUCGUCGGCGAGCAGCAAGACGCGUGCAGCGGCCAUUCUCAGGGAAAGCAAGACCCGCAGUGGCAGCAUGAGCAGCCUGUUCAGGAACACGUUCAGACGGGCACGCAGCACAGAGGAGCUGGAACGCAAGAAGGCAUCAUCAACGAAGCAGCAACAGCAGCAGACUGCAUGCAGCGGUGAUGACGGCUCUGGCGGUACUCGAGGUGCAGUCUCACCUCUAGGCGCAGCACAAGGCAAGCAUCAGCAUCAGCAGACGAAGGGCAAGCAGCCAGUACCGGCCAUUGUCACCACGCCGCCACCAGAUGACACUCUCACGUCGCCUUCCGCGACAGCAGCAGGUACCGUCGUCGCCAGCACCAGCACCAGCACCACCACUGCCACCACUCUGGCGGCUCUUGCCACCUCGUCGGUGAGCGCCAGCAACGGGCAUGUGGCCGCUGCUGUGACUGCAACGACGACCACCACUACCAUCACCGCUGCUACGACCACGGGCACGACCACGACGACAGGAGCAAACACGCCUGCUUCUCCUUCCUCCGCGUCCCCGGGCAAGCCCGGCACCGCCGCCACCACCACCAGCAGCAGCACUGCCACGGCGUACAGUGCGGUGCAUGGGAGCGGUGACGGCGAGGGCGGUGGUGCGUCGUGGCACUCGAUGGGCCUGAUCACCAACGGACCGCUGCCACACGACACGCGCUCUGUGCGGCCGGCAGCGAUGCCCAAGGAGCUGCUGCAGUGGGAGGUGGACUGCCUGCGGCAGGCGGCGCUUGAAGGCUACGACGUGUCAGCCAUCCUGCCGCACCCGCUGUCAAAGCAGCUGCACGAGUACCUGGACAUCCAGCGGCUGGUGGCGUGCGAGUGGUAUGAGGAGGAGCAGGGGUCGGACGGCGCGUCCGCCAACAAGGGCAGCAGCGCGAACAGCAGCAGCAACACGACACGGCACAACAGCUUGGUGCCGAGCAGCAGGAACAGCGUGAGCGGCACCAGCAGCGGGGUGUGCAGUCGACACGGAGGCGAUGAGGAAGGCGAGCGCAGGGCCACGCCGACGCCAAUGAUGCUGCCACCCGUCGACGAAUCAGCAAACGCUUCCACGGCCACCACCACCACCACCACCACUGACAAUACCGCAACCAGCACCAAGAGCAAUGGCUUGCGCAGUGGCGACGGCGUGGAGGAUGGUGGCGUUGGCGCGGAGGACCCCAACACGAGCGUGGAUACGGUUGUUGCUGACGACUCGAAGCAGGUGGCGACGAUCGAGCCGUACCCGCAGUCUGAGGUUGGCGAGACGGCGUUUGACUCUGCCAUGCUGAUGGCGAUGCGGGCCAUCUUUGGCUUGAGCACGCGCCGCGUCCGCUCGCCGCCGCCGCUGGCAACGGCGUUUGAGCAGCGGGCGUACUUUGAGAACAUCCACGACGUGAGCAUCCUGUUUCUUCCGCUGGUGGAGGGGAAGCCGGACUUUGACGACAUUGUGCUCGACGCGGGCCUCAUCACCCCCAGCAGAUACUCGGCCUUCCUCAGAGCCCUUGGGGAGUGUGCGCUCGUGCGCCAGCCCCCUGCUCCAGACCUCAUCAUCUGGCAGGCGGAGCUUGUGCAGCUGAACUUCCAUGUGCACCACCCCCUGGUCAUUGAGUCUGGCCCACGCAAGCAGCAUCCAAUCCUCAAGACGCCCAUCUGCAUCCUGUACUGCGAUGGCGAUUGGGAGGGCCUUCCUGACGACGUGACGAGGAACAACGAGCCCAUCCCCGUCAUGAUCAUCGUGCAGCCGCUGAGCGUGGAUGCGUAUCGCGUGUGGGUUGAGGAGACGGAUCGCAGGAUCCAGGCCACCCUCACCCCGCAGAAGCCGACCAUGGUCCGCAACAGCGGUGUCGCAAACUACAUUCGCAAGCUCGUGCUGAAGUACAGCUUGGCGUACAACGCUCAAGUCGCAGGCCGAGACGGCAUGUGGGAACAGAGGUGGGCGGCGCUGCAGACUGUGAACUCGAGGAUUGCGCCCGCAAAGGAAUGAAGAUGUGGUGUCAUGGUGCGAAUGAGGUGCUCGGGAGCGAAGUUGAGGAUAGCGUAGUAAUUGGCGCGUACUGGCUACUAGUAGUUUGGCAAUAUGAACUUUGUAUUUGUGUGGGUAUGCGUAUCACAAUGGAGCGGAGAAGAGGGUGGACGGUGUUGAGUUGUUGCAAGCAGUCAGGACACGCACGUGUCAACACCGAUUAAAUUGGGCGUAGCAAUCGGA